AUGGGUUUGGGAAGUUACUUCAAGAACAAACGGCCUGAUCCGCCGCAAGACGCCUCAGAGAAACCAACUGCUCCGUCCCCACAACCAAGCUAUACUAUGGAGCUCCAACCCCCAGUCUCAAGAUUUGGAUCGUCGAGGAAUUCGAUUUCCAAUCGAUCAACCCAAAGCUCAGCAUUUCUGGACGAUAUAAAACAUGAGGUGAUGGUGAACUACCUAUAUCAACAACAAUGUUCACAUCUUUGGGUUAGCGAUGGGAGUGGAGAAGUCGAAGGUGUUCUGUUGAGGAAAGCAAAAAACACAUACAUGGCUUGCCCGCCACAAUUAGGCAGCUCCCCGUUUGCUGCCGCUUGUGCAGCACUUAAUGUCCAAUGUGCGAUGACGGUCAAUUCCAGAGUUAUCAAGACUUUCUUGCAAUGGUCCCCGGAUGCCGUCGACGUCCCACUGCUAAAUGGCCUCCGCAUCCAGAUCCUACCCACAAUCGAUGACCUGCCUCGGGCGCGGAAGCAUCAAUUUGCUGCUUUUGUAGCCUCAGAUGCUUUGUUGGUGGUUUGGGACGACGAUGCGUUGCACUUGGUCACGCGUGCUAAGGCUAUUGAAAAGGAAUUGAUGGAAUUGGUCUGGAAGACCGGGGAACCUGAAGAUGGAGAAGAAAAAGCUGCCAAUAUAGCAUCAUAUGAGAUCGACGAGGAGAGCGGCGAGAUCAUCCCCGAAAAGCGACCAUUGCACCUGCAAAACACGGUGCUAGUUGGGCUAACACUCAUCCUAAUUAUCACUGCCAUGGGUGCUGGUUUCCGACAACUUGCCAUUCAGGUAGCGGUUGAUGGCAGCUACACACGUCUGGCACUUCUGGCUCUAACCCCAGUUCAGAUCUUCUUCACACUCUUCUUUGCACAAGUUAUCGUUGGUUGUUUAGCUCAGCUGUUUGGCCCAGUCCGCCAGUUAACGGUCAACUCGAAGUUCUAUUCUGCACGUGCUCCCCCACGUAUCCAGAGCUCAAUUCUCCCACACAUCACCAUCCAGUGUCCUGUGUACAAGGAGGGCCUGACCUCCGUCAUUGCACCAACUGUCAAGUCCAUCAAGCAAGCCAUUUCAACCUAUGAGUUGCAGGGCGGCUCUGCGAAUAUGUUCAUCAAUGACGAUGGUCUUCAAAUCCUUGAUGAGGAGGAACGUCGUGCUAGAAUCGAGUUCUAUGCUGACCAUAGCAUUGGAUGGGUGGCGAGACCAAAACAUGGCGACAACUUUAUCCGAAAGGGAAAAUUCAAAAAGGCUUCCAACAUGAACUUUGCCUUACAUAUCUCAUGCAUGGUCGAAGAAAAACUGGCUUUAAUUCAACGACCGGGCGACUGGACGCAGGCCGAUGAAGCUCAAGCCUAUGAAAGGUGCUUGAAGGAAGCCCUCGAGGAAAAUGGUCGUGCCUGGGCCGAUGGCAACAUCCGCGUCGGAGAUUAUAUCUUACUGAUUGACUCCGAUACUCGAGUCCCUGCUGACUGUCUCUUGGACGCUUGCUCUGAGAUGGAACAAUCCCCUGAAGUUGGUAUCAUGCAAUUUUCAUCCGGUGUCAUGCAAGUUGUCCACACUUACUUUGAGAACGGCAUUACUUUCUUCACCAAUCUCAUCUACACAGCCAUUCGAUACACAGUCUCCAACGGCGAUGUUGCUCCUUUUGUCGGUCACAAUGCUAUUCUCCGCUGGUCUGCCAUUCAACAAGUGUCAUAUACCGAUGAGGAUGGGUAUGAAAAGUUCUGGUCAGAAUCUCACGUAUCUGAGGACUUUGAUAUGUCUCUACGUCUUCAAGUUAAUGGCUACACCAUCCGCUUGGCUGCCUGGGCUGGUGAGGGAUUCAAGGAGGGAGUGUCACUUACUGUGUACGACGAAUUGGCACGUUGGGAGAAGUAUGCCUACGGGUGUAACGAACUUCUCUUCUACCCCAUCCGCAAAUGGAUCUACAAAGGCCCUUUCACACCUCUCUUCCGCAAAUUCUUGUUCUCCAACAUUCGAUUCACCUCCAAGAUCACCAUAAUUUCAUACAUCGGAACCUACUAUGCUAUCGGCGCUGCCUGGAUCAUGACUACUGCGAACUACUUCGCGGUUGGUUGGUUCAACGGUUAUUUGGAUAAGUACUACUUGGAUUCCUGGAAGGUGUGGUUCUCUAUCAUCAUCGUCUUCAACGGUCUUGGAAACAUUGCUCUUGCCGUCAUGCGGUACCGAAUUGGCGAGCGGAGUCUCCUCUAUGCGCUCUUCGAGAACUUCAAAUGGACCCUCAUGCUGGCAAUCUUCCUAGGAGGUCUUUCCCUGCACGUCUCACAGGCACUACUUGCGCACAUGUUCGAGAUCAAUAUGACAUGGGGAGCCACAGCCAAGGAAGCCGAGUUCAGUAACUUCUUCAUUGAAGUUCCCAAGGUGCUGAAGAAGUUCAAGUUCUCGAUGAUUUUCUCCAUCCUCGGCAUAGUUGGCAUGAUCAUCAUGGCCGUGGCACCAUUCAUUCCCUACGACUGGAAAAUCAAGGACUUCGUCGCCAUUCUCCCCAUGGCUACUGUCACAGCAAGUCAUUUGCUGUUGCCCCUCGCGCUGAACCCAGCUUUGAUGACUUUCUCAUGGUAA